CGAGCGCAGUGAAACAAUACUCCCCUCUCAUCUCUUUAGAAGGCUAAAAAUCCCAAUCUCAGACAAAGAGAUUCAAAAGGAAUCUCACAUUUCACUGUUAUCUCUCCUCUCUCUCACUUGCAUUAUCGAAUGAAUUGAACUGAAACGUCGUCGUUUUCACGCCAGGGUAAUAUUAUGGAUGAUUCUUGGUUUUUCGACAAAAAUUUCAACGACGUCUCUGAUGAUUUUUUCGACCCCAUUACGUACUUUGAUUUUCCGUUGGAGGAUGUGGAAUCAAAUGAGCCGAUUGAAGAUUGGGAUUCUCAGUUUCAAAAUAUCCCAACACCAUCUACCUUAUUUACUGAUUUCAGUUCCGGUAUCUGUGACCAAAACAGAAAAGACAGUUUGAAACUAAAGAAAGGUGCAAUUUUGAGUGAUGAAUCUUCUCAGCCUAAACCGUGUUUGGGAGCCGCUGAAGCAUCUUCCAGCAGAAAAAUCCCCCUUAAUUAUGGCUCUUCAGAGAGCAAACAUCCACACCUGUUCUGGACCACUAGCCCAGUUUCUGUCCUUGAAAGUAGCAGCAGCUCUUCCUCAGCUGAAAAUCCAACAGUUUACCACCCCAAUUUUGUCAUCCCGGUGAAACGCCCUCGUAGCAAGUGUGCACGUCUGCGGAGGCGCACAUUCCCUUUCCUCUCAUUGCUGAAUGAUUGUCCUUCUUGGGCUGGUAUUGAAGAAGAAUCGGAAUCUUUAUUUUUUCAUGAGCAACGGUUGCACCUUGCCAAGCAGAAACAGAAGAAGAGGAAGAAUCUGAUGACAUUGUCUUGUAAUUAUGAUGCGAUGAAACCUUCAUCAUCACAUGCUCGAAGUGACAUAAGAAAAUGCACACACUGUGAGGUGACUAAAACUCCACAAUGGAGAGAAGGACCAAUGGGGCCCAAAACACUUUGUAACGCUUGUGGAGUGAGAUUUAGGUCUGGCCGUCUUUAUCCAGAGUAUCGUCCUGCUGCUAGUCCUACCUUUGUUCCGGCAUUGCACUCUAACUCCCACAGGAAGGUGACAGAGAUGAGAAAGACUACUAUUAUGCCCGCAAUGAACACAGCGCUGCCCCAAGUUCCGGAGUAUUCAUUUUGAUAGCUAAUUUGUUUGAUUCUUAAUUAGGAGAGUAGCACUUGUAGCUGGGAGCCGUCUGGCUCUAUAUUUUCCGUUUCCAAAUGUGUUAGCCGGUUGUUUUUUUUGUACAUUUACUGAAUAAGAACUAGGAACCUUAGAUGAUUAGAUGAUUGGCAGAAGCAGCGAUGAUGAUGAUAAGUUAAACCGAGUAAAUGUCUCAGAGUGAGGCAGAGAAAUGUACUGUAGAAGUUCAGGUGUAGGGUUAUUGUUUUAUUCCCGUUAGUGAUGCCAAAAAUUCAUUUCUCUGCAUUUUUUUUAACAGAGGUUGCUGUAAGCAGGAUCGGGAUCAUGAUCUGGUGAGGUCUUGAAAUGCCGACUCUCUAUUCCUCUACUUGUUUUUAGACGGCAAUUUUCCUUGUCUGCCUCAUCCCAUAGGCGAUAGCUAAUAUCAGUUUUGGGAACUGUUGUAUAGUAUGUUUGUAUUCUUUAAUUCCUUUGGAGAUCUGAAUUGAAAUUAUUGGUAAGUAACUUUGUUUGAUA